UCCCACGUGACCCCCCCUGCCAUUUGACGUACUUACCGAUCAAGACUGCGCAAUAUUUAUCAUGCGCUGUUAAGUCCUCCUCCUCUUUUGAUGUGCAGUCAACACUCGUCUUCCGUGCCAGCUUUAAUUCGGCAGACAUGCGUCGAAGUAAGACUGAAGUUGACCGCUACGUGGCCUCCGUGCAGACUUGCUCGCCCUCACUCAAAGAGAAACCGGUCAAAGGAUUUUUAUUUGCUAAACUCUAUUUUGAAGCAAAGGAGUAUGAACUUGCAAAGAGACAUGUGUCAGAGUAUCUCAAAGUCCAGGAGAGGGAUCCCAAAGCGCACAAGUUCCUUGGACAGCUCUACGAGAGAGACGGAGACGUCAACAAAGCAGUAGGAUGUUACAAGCGUUCUGUGGACUUGAACCCCGCCCAGCGAGACCUGGUGCUCAAAGUGGCAGAGUUACUGGUCAGCAAAGAAGAAAAUGACAGCAAAGCGGAGUUCUGGGUGGAGAAAGCUGCAAAGUUGCUCCCAGGGAACCCAGCAGUCUUCAACCUGAAGGAACGGCUGUUGAGUCGCCAAGGUCAGCAGGGUUGGAACCGACUGUUUGACCUCCUUCAGGCAGAGCUGGCGGCCCGGCCGGGAGAAGCGCACGUCAACAUCAAGCUGGUCCAGCUGUUCAGUCAGGACGGCCAGCUAGAGGAGGCGGUGAAACACUGCCUGGCCACUGAAAAACGGGGCUUGCUGCGCCACAGUCUGGACUGGUACACUGUGGUGGUGCGCACACUUCAGGACUAUCUGGCUCAGCCAAGCAUCUCCAACAAUGAGAAGAUGUGUCGUCGUCUCCAGAGAGAGCUGCUUUUGGCUCACUGCAACCUCGUGAGAAUCACACUGUCUGGAAGCGGUGUGCAAUCUUGCCUCGAUGCUCUCAGGUGUUUUGACCAGACCAUGCAGAAACUGAGCAGUGUUGUAAGCCACCACACAGACGAGCUUAGUGAGGCGUUUGUGGAGAUGCGGGGUCACCUGUACUUGCACGCUGCCACACUGCUACUGAAGCUGGCUCAGGAUCGUCAACAGACAUGGCGGGCUGUCAUCGACCUCUCAGCGCUAUGCUACCUGCUGGCCCUGCAGGUUUCCAGACCCAAGCCAAAGGGGACUAAAAGAGAUCAGUCAGCCCCGCAGCUUUUAGAGCUUCUUGCAAGCGACAGGCAGAGCCAGGCUGGCCACAUGCUGCUCAAUCUCAGUACUGAUUCAUCCAACUUGAUCAGAGAGGUGGUGGAAGCGUUUGGGAACCGUAGUGGUCGAGACGCUCUAGUUGAACUCCUGUUUGCACGACAGAUCCCGACUGAAUCUUUCAUUGCAAAUGAUGACUUCCAUUCUGUUAGUGCACAAGCUCCAGAAAUCUCUCAACUGGCCAAGUGGGAUGCAGGUGCCAUCUUGUUGCAUUGCGGCGACUUGCAACAUCUAAGCUGGUUAGGUCUUCAGUGGACUAUUUUGGCCCAAAGACCAGACUUGCGGACCUGGCUACAGCAGCUUUUCCCAAGACUCACCCUCGAAACUUCCAAGCUCGACACAAAUGCACCGGAGUCAAUCUGUCUUCUGGAUUUGGAGGUGUUUAUACACGGUGUGGUUUUCUGUAGCCACUGUCAGCUGCAGGAGACGGCAAAGAUGAACAGUGGCAUAAACCAGCAGCAACAGACUCUUUAUGAACCUCGCUGCCUCCCACUGCCUCUUCUUCGCCUCUUGACCACAGAAAGACAGCGGGAGUGGUGGGAUGCCAUUUACAGCCUCAUUCACAAACGAGCUGCUCCUGGCAUGUCAGCCAAAUUGCGAAUGGUGGUACAACAUGGGCUGAGCACAUUGAGAGCGGGAGAGAAACAUGGGCUGCAUCCAGCACUGACCAUCUACUGGGCUCAGUGCCUUAGCCAGACAGGCGAUGGUGUGAACUCAUACUACGACCAGAAGGAGUACAUCAGCCGCAGUGUCCACUACUGGAAAGUGGUCCUUCCACUGCUGGACAAGAUCAAAAAAAGGCGCAGUAUACCAGAACCCCUCGACCCUCUCUUCAUGCAUUUUCCAUCUAAAGAUAUUCAGGUCCCCUCUGUGAAGGGCUUUCAAGAAGAAGCCAACGUUGCAUAUGCAACUCUCCUUGACAUAGAAGGCAAGACAGAGGAGGCCAUCGCUACUUUGGAGUCAGUCAACAACAUGGCAUCUGUCUGGCAUUUGGCUCAGAUAUACCAGCGGUUGUCUGAGGAGGCCAGUAAUGGAGUUGAGGAGACCCAGGACAGGUGCAUCGCUUUUCUGAAGAAAUUCAGGCUCUACCUCUCUAAAAUAUACAAUGCCAAUGCGGAUGAAGUUGAAAAACUUCCAGUGUCUAUGGAGGAAGUUGUGGACCUCCUUAAUGAUGUGAACCAGCAACUCGCAGACAAUGGUGGGGAUGAAGACGAGGAAAAGAAUGGUAGUCAUAGUGGACUACCCCAUUCAAGUCCUGCUCGUCUCACAGACACAAGAGGCACCACAUCCCAUAUCAUGUUUUCUACUCCAUCCGCAAACAAAAGCAUAAUCUCUCCUUCCAAAAGACACCUGAUUUCUCCAAAGACGCCACCUCACUGGGUGGAGGACCAGAAAAGUCUCCUCCAAAUGCUCUGUCAGCAAGUUGAAGCCCUUAAGAAUGAAGUUCAUGACCUGAGACAUAACUCUUCAGGAAAUGUGGGAUCACCUCAUCACAAAAUGUAUGGUGAGAGUUAUGGCGCUGAAGGACUACAGGAAUCUUUCACACCUGUGCAACCCUUCCAUGGGGCCCCCUUAACAGUUGCCACUACAGCUCCUUCCGUGUACUACAAUCAGUCUCCAGCCUACAACUCACAGUACCUCUUACGCACAGCAGCAAAUGUAACCCCCACAAAGGGCCCAAUGUUCAAUAUGAACCGUAUGCCGCCUCAACAGCACAUGUAUGCCUAUCAGCCACCAACCCAUACUCCUCCAAUGCAAACUGCUCCAGCCUGCAUAUACCCUCCUCAAGAACAGGCCUUUGGUGCGCCACUUCGAUUUGAAUCACCAGCAACAAGCCUUCUGUCCCCAUAUAGUGAAGAAUAUUAUGGGCAGAGUGUAACUCAACAAACCACUAACCCUCCUUUGCCCGAGCCUGGUUAUUUCACCAAACCAUCUGUCGUCCCGGCUCAGCCACAAAAAAGCUUUGAGGGGAAAUCUGUGGAGCUUGGAAAACUCUCGUUUAGUAGCCAGCAGACACCUGCUGAAGUACCCAAAGUACCUAAUUUUGGAACAAGCACAGUUUCUCAACCAACAGCUGCCUUUAAAUUUAAUUCCAACUUUAAAUCCAAAGAUGGCGAUUUCACCUUCUCAACAUCCCAGGCUAAGCACAGUGAAAGUUUACUCGGUCUUCUCACGUCUGACAUCUCUACGAAGACUGAUAAUUUGCCAGAAAAGCCUCCUGCUCAAGAGCAGACCUCAAACCAAGCAAGUAUCUUCACUUUUGGCAAUAAAAAAUUGUCUGGCUUCACAUUUGCUGAUGCAGUACAAAACAGUCCUGGAAGUCUGUUUGGAAAAGUGGACAAGCCAUUUAAAUUUGGAGAUGUUGCCAAGCCAGUAUUUGGUGAUGCCAAGUCUGCAGCCGAAGAAGAAAAUGCAGCAAAUAGCGACGAUGACAGCACUCAUGUUGAGGAGGAAGAGGAUGAUGAUGGUCCUCACUUUGAACCCAUUGUACCCCUUCCUGAUAAAGUCGAUGUGAAAACGGGUGAGGAAGACGAGGAGGAGUUAUUUUGCAACAGAGCAAAGCUCUAUCGAUUUGACACGGCGACAAAAGAAUGGAAAGAACGUGGCAUCGGCAAUGUUAAAAUCUUGCAACAUAACAUUACGAAAAAGGUUCGACUCCUAAUGAGGCGGGAGCAGAUCUUCAAGAUAUGUGCAAAUCACUACAUCACCACUGACAUGUUACUGAAACCUAAUGCUGGUUCUGAUAAAUCAUGGGCAUGGAAUGCCAUUGAUUACGCAGAUGAAGAACCAAAGCCCGAGCAACUAGCCAUCCGUUUCAAAACCGUCGAUGAGGCAUCAUUUUUUAAGACAAAAUUUGAAGAAGCCCAGAACAUUGUGGAGAAAUCCCAAGAAAAUGAGGUUCAACAAGAGAAGAAAGCAGAGGGUUUAAUACCUUCCAAGCCUUUUGAAACUCUUGCAGAAAAAUUUGCAAUCAAAGGAGGAGAGUGGGAUUGCACUGAAUGUUUUGUGAGAAACAAAUCAGAGACUGAUCGGUGCUCUUCUUGUCAAAGUGUCAAUCCUAGUUUUUCCUCAAAACCAGACAUUCGUGCUGAAAAGGACAUCAAAGUCACUCCCUUUGCCUUUAAAUUUGGUACAGAUGAACCGAAAACCAGUCACUCUGGUCCCACCUUUUCUGGAUUUGGUGCUUUUGGAAAUUCUUCCUCUACGUCUUUUACAUUUGGUACAAAUUCUGCCAAACCUGUUGACACACAAAACAGUGCUUUUGGUUCUGGCUUUGGCAGUCCGCUUGGGAAGAAAGCAGAGCAGUUGGUUUGUGAUUCAUCUUCUACGACAAACGAGGUCUCUGAUGACAGUUGUGUUUCUUGUGAAGCUUCUCAAGGUUCACCUAAAACAACUUCCACUGAACAAAAUGCACCUCCCACAGUCGUAUUACCUGUUGGUAAAAUCUCAGAAUCUUUUGUGAGUACCGGGUUUGGUAACCAAUUUGGAAAUAAACCAGAUCAGUGGGAGUGUGGUGAGUGUUAUAUAAGGAAUGAAGCUAGUGCAAACAAAUGUGUUGCCUGUCAGGCACCAAAUCCGACCGCUAAAAGCACGGUCAGUGCUACUCCAUCAGCUUCCAGCUUUAACUUUGGUGUAAAGACUUCAUCAAGCCAGCCUACUGGAACACCUUUCGGAACAGGCCAAUCAUUUCAGUUUGGUCAAAGCAAAGUUGAAACUUCAGCAUCUUCUUUUAAGUUUGAGAUUCCACAGUCCAACUCGAGUACCACUAGUUCUUCUGGCUUCUCUUUCUCAAUGCCCAUUUCUUCAAGUGGCUUUAAAUUUGGAAUUCAAGGCCCUGCAAACGAUACUUCACCAACUACUAACUCAACUUCCGCUGAUCAGAUUGUGUCAUCAGGUUCCGCCUCCAGCUUUCUUAAAAGCAUUGCUGAUAAACACAUGGAGAAAGAAAAUGCUUUUACCUCUGACGAAAAGGGCCAUCAAGAGCCUGAGACAAAUCCAUUGAUAUCUGGUAAAACUGAUUCUUUUAGUUUUGCAGACCUGGCAUUAUCAUCUGAAGGAAACUUCCAGUUUGGCCUGGAUGACCCUGAUUUCAAAGGUUUCUCUGGUGCCGGUCAGCAGGUUUUCUCAUCCUUUCAGGCCACACCCACAAAGACAAAUACCUCAAGUGAGCAGGUAGACGACGACAUGUAUAAAACUGAAGAAAAUGACAAUAUUCAGUUCGAACCAGUCGUUCAAAUGCCUGAGAAAGUUGACCUCGUAACGGGGGAGGAAGACGAAGAGGUCCUUUAUUCACAUCGUGUCAAACUGUUUAGAUUUGAUUCAGACACUGGUCAGUGGAAAGAGCGUGGGGUAGGGAUCCUCAAAUUCUUAAAGAACAACAGUAAUGGUCGGCUUAGAGUUUUGAUGAGAAGAGAGCAAGUUCUGAAGGUGUGUGCCAACCACUGGAUUACGACCACCAUGAAUCUUAAACCACUAGCAGGCUCAGACAAGGCAUGGAUGUGGCUGGCCAACGAUUUCUCUGAUGGAGAUGCGAGACUUGAACAAUUGGCUGCCAAGUUCAAAAGCCCGGAACUUGCUGUGGAAUUUAAAGAAAAGUUUGAAGAAUGUCAGAGACUCCUCUUGGACAUCCCCUUACAAACUCCCCACAAGCUAUUUGACACAGGCAAAACUGCACAUUUGAUUCAGAAAGCCGAGGAAAUGAAAUCCGGUUUUAAGGGCAUGAAAUCCAUUUUUACAGAUGACAAAACAAAAAUCAAAGAUUACAGCCAGGUAGAAAUUCCAGCAUCCUCUAAAAUGACUAGUCUAUUAAUCAAGCCUCACAGUGAAACAACUGGCCCUACUUUAGAGUGGGAUAACUAUGAUCUAAGAGAGGAGGCUCUUGAUGACACAGCUGACUCAUCAGUCUACGCUUCUCCACUCACUAGUAGCCCAUUGAGAAAGAACCUUUUCCGAUUUGGAGAGUCCAUGGGUGGCUUCAACUUCAGUUUUCAACCUGGGGUGAGCCCUGCAAAGUCUCCUGCUAUGCUUAAUCAGAGCAGAACCUCAGUUGGUACUGACGAUGAGCAAGAUGCUACCCAGGAUGAGGAGAGAGACAGCCUGUACUUUGAACCUGUAGUUCCCUUGCCUGAUUUGGUUGAGAUUUCCACCGGAGAAGAAGACGAACAAGUAGUAUUCAGUCACAGAGCCAAACUGUAUCGAUAUGAUAAAGAAGCGAGUCAGUGGAAAGAGAGAGGUAUCGGAGAUAUCAAAAUCUUACAAAAUUAUAACACGAAACGGGUAAGGUUGAUUAUGAGGCGGGACCAGGUUCUUAAGAUUUGUGCUAACCAAUGGCUCACAGAAACCAUGAAGCUAGAACCAAUGAAGGGUGCAGAGAAAGCUUGGGUGUGGAGUGCAUUGGACUUUGCUGAAGAAGGAGAGGGGAAAGUUGAACAGUUGGCCGUGAGAUUCAAAUUGGAAGAAACCGCAAACACAUUUAAGCAGAUUUUUGACGCGGCCAAGGUCGCUCAGGAGGAAGCCGAACUUAUGAUCCCUGUAUCAUCCAUCACAUCACUGGACAGUGGAGACUCUUUAAAAUCUGCUACUGUUGUCUGUGGGAAGGCAGCAAUUGCUAUUUUGGAAGAGACGACAAAGGAUCGAAGUGAACUUUCAUGUAAUGAGAAACCAUCCCCAUCUCAAAGUCCAGUCAACCCCACAAAAUCAGUGAUGUCACCCCCCAAAUUCGUGUUUGGCACUGAUGGCCUUCAGAAGAUCUUUGGAAGUCCAAAAUCUCCCUCCGAGAGCGGUGACUGUGAAUCCAGCUUAAAAGCUAAAGAUUCUGGACAUCCUACUAAGGGCGCUGCUGCAUCAACUGCAUUCAAAAUUCCACAUAAAGGGCCGGAUUUUAGGCUUUUCAAAGAUAACCCAAUGGCCUUUUGGACGAGCACAUCAAGCACCCAAUUUGAAAGUACAGGGGCUCAACAAGCAGGAGUCGAAGUCGAUCCAGAUGAGGACUCUGAACUGGAAGUUGUGUAUGUCAGGGAGCCAACUGCUGGACAAGCUGCUUUAGCCCGGAAAUUACUGCUGCCGCUCACCUUUUUCUGCUACCAGAAUGAACCAGGCUACACCAGUGACAAUCAACCUGAUGAUGAGGACUACGAGUCAGCAGUCAAAGCCUUGAAUGGGAAGGUCUACCCUGAUCCUCCUGAAAGAAAAGUGACCACAGCUGACAAUGAGCCAGACUGCCAGGUGGUCUGGGAGAAAAAACCCACCCCAGAGGAGGAGGAGAAAGCCAAGAGCCUCCAGCUCCCGCCCACGUUCUUCUGUGGCCUGAGCACCACCGACAGUGACCUGGAUCCUGACAAGGCUGAGGAUUUUGACACAGAAGUCCUCAAAGCCCAACAGGAACUGGAUUCCCAGUUGAACAAAGCUAAAGAAGUCUCCAGUCGUCCUGCUGAAGAGCUGAUGUCUGCUCCGUCGCCAAACAGCGCAGAGGUUGUCAGCAGCACGUCCUCGGCACAGGAUGACGUUUCAGAGCAGCCAACAGAAGAGCAGGCAGCUGCUCCCAGCAGCAGCGCUCCCAUCGACUUGUCAACCAAGUCGAGCAGCGAGCCAGAGAGAGUCGCUGUUUCUACUCCUGCUGCAGCUCUCACAAGUACAGACCCUCCUGGUUUUGGUUUCACCUCAUCAGGGGCCUUCUCUUUUGCAGACCUGGCCAAAAAUACAGAAGGCUAUGCCUUUGGAGCAAAAGAUUCCAACUUCUCCUGGGCAAAUGCAGGUGCAGCAGUGUUUGGGGCGUCAGCGGCUGCAGCAUCAAACGGCAAUAAUAACGAGGGCGGAAGUGAAGAAGGGGAAGGUCCUGAAAAUGUUGACAUACAUUUUGAACCCAUCGUGUCACUGCCAGAGGUGGAGACAAAGUCUGGAGAGGAGGAUGAAGAAAUCCUUUUCAAGGAGCGCGCCAAACUCUACCGAUGGGACCGGGACCUGGGCCAGUGGAAGGAGCGUGGGGUCGGUGACCUGAAGAUCCUCUUCCACCCAGCGAAACACUUCUACCGAAUCCUGAUGAGAAGAGAGCAGGUGUUCCGAGUUUGCGCCAACCACAACAUCUCCCCAGCCAUGGAGCUGAAGCCCAUGAACACCUCUGCUAAUUCGCUAAUCUGGGUGGCGACAGACUACUCGGACGGCGAGGGCUCCGUAGAGCAGCUCGCGGUCAAGUUCAAAACCCCGGAGCUCACCGAAUCCUUCAGGAAGACCUUCUGCCAGUGUCAGAACCGCUUACGGCAAACCAGCGGCGACGAUCCGUGUAGCGCCUCGCCGAUGAUGUCCAGGAUUCAGGAGCACUCCAGAGACUCCAACCCACAGGUGUUCUUCACCGUGGAGGCCGACAGCCAGCCUCUUGGCACCAUCACCAUGGAGCUCUUCUCCCACAUUGUUCCUAAGACGGCAGAAAACUUCAGGCUUCUCUGCACCGGCGAGAAGGGCUUUGGACUGCGGGGCUCCAUUUUCCACCGGGUCAUACCGGACUUCAUGUGUCAGGGAGGCGACAUCACCAACGGUGACGGCACGGGUGGACGCUCCGUCUACGGCGCCAAGUUUGAGGACGAGAACUUUGACGUCCGGCAUACAGGUCCGGGCGUGCUGUCCAUGGCCAACCGAGGCCGGGACACCAACAACUCCCAGUUCUUCAUCACGCUGAAAAAGGCGGAGCACCUGGACUUCAAGCACGUGGCUUUCGGCUGGGUGCGACAGGGCAUGGAUGUUGUGCAGCACAUGGGGGAGCUGGGCACCAAGGGAGGCCUCCCCGCUAAGAAGCUGGUGAUCACGGACUGUGGACAGGUGUAGACUUUUACCGCUUUGAAGCUCGCUUUAUGGAAUUAGCUUUCUGUGGUCAUAAGGUGUCAAAAUCAGUUUGCUAAGAAAUUAUGGGAGGUGGCACUUUUGAUGGUCUGACAGUAAAAUCUCUCCAAUGUAAUUGUAUAAUUGUACAUUACCUUUUUUAAAAGUGUUUUUGUUGUGCAUGCUCUGGUACGCUACACACAUUUUUCAGUAGCACUGUUUCUUUACAGCCGUGCAACUUCCUGUAGAUGGCGCUAGACUGUCAUUUCAUUCUUUGUGCCCUGACACACCUUCACUGAGGUUUAUGUACACCAUCAUUAUGAGAAACAAUAAAGUGUUUUCAUGUA